UCUGAAUCAUCAUCUUCCUGCUGUAGUGAUAUAUAUACACACACACAAACUCCCAGAGAAAGCAAGAAUUGAAGGAUUGAGAAGAGACGAAGAAAGAAAAUUAAGCAAAAACAGAAAUGGAUUGCUGUCUCUCGUCUCUCCUUCUAUUGUGUUUGUUGCUGUUUUGCGUUGGGAAUAAUGAAGCAUUCAACCUCUCAACCAUCUCCUUCGAUGAGGGUUACACUCCGCUCUUCGGCGACGGAAAUCUCGUUCGUUCUCCAAACGGAAGAAGCGUCCGACUACUACUUGACCGCUUCACCGGCUCUGGUUUUAUUUCGAAAAAAAUGUACAAGUAUGGAUUCUUCAGCGCCAGUAUCAAAUUGCCAUCGGAUUAUACUGCAGGGAUAUGCGUUGCCUUCUAUACAUCAAACGCCAAUGUUUUUGAGAAGAGGCACGAUGAAUUGGACUUCGAGUUCUUAGGAAACAUAGAGGGAAAGCCAUGGAGAUUCCAGACCAAUUUGUAUGGCAAUGGAAGCACUAGCCGUGGCAGAGAAGAGAGAUAUCGCUUAUGGUUCGAUCCAUCUAAGGAGUUUCAUAGAUACAGCAUUCUCUGGACCAAAUAUAAAAUCAUAUUUUACAUUGACAAUAUACCAAUCCGAGAGGUGCUACGUAACAAUGCAAUGGGUAGCGAAUACCCAUCAAAACCAAUGUCCUUAUAUGCCACAAUAUGGGAUGCCUCAAAUUGGGCAACCUCAGGAGGCAAGUACAAGGUUAAUUACAAGUAUUCACCUUUUGCGUCCGAAUAUAAAGAUCUAGUCUUAGACGGCUGCUCUGUUGAUCCCAUCCAACGAAUUCCGACAGCCUUUACUUGCUCUGAGAGUAAUUUCCACCUAGAGACUGCAGAUUAUAGCAUCAUCACUCUUAAGCAACGUCUAGCUAUGCAAAAGUUUCGCCAACAUUACAUGUAUUAUUCAUAUUGCUAUGAUACAUUAAGAUAUUCUGUGCCACCAUCAGAAUGUGUUAUUGAUUCUGCUGAAAAGGAGCGGUUUAAAGAUACUGGAAGAUUGAAGUUUGGUGGUAGCCAUCAAAGCCAUAAACGUCGAUCAAGGAGGCGAAGUAGAACUUACGUUGCUUCUGGUAAUGAUAAUCAUAUUAUGUGGUCCUAAAUUUUUAUUUUUUUUAUUAUUAUAAAGAUUUAUUUAUAUAUAAAUAAAUGUUGAUAUAGUAAAAUGAAUUGGUGUUUUUAUUUAAAUAUGUGAUAUAUUUAUUUUGAUUUAAA